GUCUUAGAGACCUUGUGUGAUUAGAGAUAAGUGACUAAAUUAGAGUAGUCAACUCAUCAUCACCAUCAAAACAUCACAGUAAUAACAGAAAGAAAAUGUAUUCCAGACUCCGUCUGAUUCCAAAUGAAGAUCCAACUGAUUCUGAUCUGAGGAUUAUUCUGGUGGGUAAGACAGGAACAGGGAAGAGUGCAACAGGAAACACAAUCCUGGGAGAAGAAGUGUUUAAUUCAGAGCUCUCACCCAAUGAAGUUACAACAAACUGCAGCAGACAUUCUGUGGUACGCGAAGGAAAAAAAAUGUCUGUUAUUGACAUGCCAGGAUUUUGUUGCAUUUCAACAACUGCCGAUCAAGACAUGAAGAGACACUUACAGAAAUGUGUUGAAUUGAGUAUUCCUGGUCCUCAUGUGUUUCUGUUGGUGAUCAGUCUGAGUGAGAGAUUCACAGCAGAGGAUGUGACUACAAUAAAACUGAUCCAGAAAAACUUUGGUGAAGAUGCUGUAAAAUACACAAUUGUUCUUUUUACUCAUGCAGAACAGCUGGAAAAUAAAAGUUUGCAAGGUUAUGUAGGACAAAGCAAACAUCUAAAAACACUUACUGACAAAUGUGGAGGCAGAUAUCAUGCAUUUAACAAUAAAAACUUGGCUGAUCGGUCUCAGGUAGAGGAUCUUCUGAAGAUGAUUGAUAAAAUGAUAGAGGAGAAUGGAGGAGGACAUUACUCAAAUGAAACAUUUAAAGAAGCACAGAGAAAGGUUAAAAGAGAAGAGACGUUUAAUCAGGGAGUAGAUGUCGUAUUAGGAGUUGCAUCAGUAGUGGGAACAGGUGCAGCUGUAGCAGGAGGGGUUGUGCUGGGUGUUACUGAGGCUGUGGCUGUUGGUGGAAUUUUAGUAGCAGGGGGAGCCGUUGCUGGAGUAGGGUUUGGUGUCAAUCUUGCUGUGAAAAAGAUCAAAGAGAAGAGAAAAAGAGAGAGAGUGGGAAUAAACAAUUAAGCUAAAAAUGCUUAGAUCUAGCUCCCAUAUUUCAGCUGGUAUUAUUAAACAUGCUUGUUUUUGUUGUUUGAAUUGUUUCAGUAUAUCUCAUCUAAUCUAGUGGAGUAUUGAAAGCACAGAGGCUGUGGGUUUGACUCUCAGAAAAUACAGGUUAAUAAAAUGUACUUUUACUGAUGCUUUGAAUAAUGGCUCAGCAAAUCUUUUAAAUCAAUAAAUGCUAUUUUAUGUGCUUAUCUGCUUUAUUGAUCAUUGUAACUUCAUUGUAAACAUAUAAAAUAAAUUGUAUAUACACAGAUGUAGUGUGUAUAAAUUAAAGCUUGAUAUAGAAACUGGA